CUCUCCAUCACUUCCUGUGCUGAGGAUGUUACUUUGGCGUUUCCUAGGGUUGGUGAGCAUCUUUAUGCUCUGCGAAGGUCAAGACAGUGAAUGUGACAACUUCACCGAUCUGGAUUUCCACGAGUCGUUCAUGGGAACCAAUCUGUACGUGCGUCUGCUCCUCUACACCCGUGCCAACCUAGACUGCGGUCACAAGCUGCCCCACCAUAACUUCACUCUGGAGGCGCUGUUCGAUGUGACUAGACCAACUACCUUUGUCAUACAUGGAUACAGACCCACCGGAGCAUCACCUGUCUGGAUCAACCACAUCGUUCAACUGCUAGCAGCACAGGAAGAUAUGAACAUACUGGUCGUGGACUGGAACAGAGGGGCAGCUAACCUCAACUACUUCACAGCUGUGGCCAACACACGCCGGACAGCUGCCAACAUCACCGGCUUCAUAGAGAGCAUGGAGAAAGAGGGAACAUCUCUUGACUCCAUCCACCUGAUUGGGGUCAGCCUGGGUGCGCACGUGGCCGGGUUCAUCGGUGCGAUGCUGGGAGGAAGGGUGGGCAGAAUCACAGGUCUGGACCCAGCCGGGCCAAUGUUCGCAGGCGUCCCCCCCGAAGAACGUCUUGACCCAACUGAUGCCCAGUUUGUAGAUGUGCUUCACACAGAUAUGAAUUCCUUUGGCCUCAGAGGAACUCAUGGACAUAUAGAUUUCUAUGCCAAUGGAGGAUUAGAUCAGCCUGGCUGUCCAAAGACCAUCUUCUCAGGGAAAUCUUAUUUUGUGUGUGAUCACCAGAGGUCCGUUUUUCUGUACCUGUGUGCUUUGAAUCACACCUGUAACCUCACAGCAUACCCAUGUUCCUCUUACGCUGACUUCCUCAAUGGCCAGUGUUUGCAAUGCGAGACUUUCAAACCCGCUUCAUGCCCUGUUUUAGGUUAUAACAUGAGCCUGUGGAGGGAUACACUCUUGAGAUUGGGUCAAACAAGGGUCUUUUUCUCAACUACGGCCGAAGCCCCCUACAGCAAGACAAGCUACCGAGUGGACAUCGUAACCUGGAACCAGUUUCUACGCUGGGGGGUGGUCAUACUUCGAUUACACAAUGGAAAAAAUGUAAUAGAGUCCAGGAUAGACCACAAGCUGUUGCGCUUUGAGCAGUAUACAUCAACUCGAUUACUGGCCCAGUUUGACAUGGAUCUAUAUCCAGUUCAGAAAAUCUCUUUACGGAUAGUCACCGGGAAUGUUAUCGGACCACGCUACAAGAUAAGGCUGCUCCAUAUUCGGAUAACACCACUGGAAAAGCCAGACAGGCCACUAAUGUGCCGAUAUGACAUUAUUUUGGAGGAGAAUGCCGAGGUGUCCUUCAGACCAUUGCCUUGUAAUUAAUCUCGUCUGUGAGAAAUCACUUUGAAACGCCGGUCACUUUAAAACAGCCAUUUGAGUAGGUUUAACUAAUUUCAACUCAUCCGAGGUCUGUACUGGUACGGACUAUGAUGGAACAGACACAUACUACUAGAAACAUACUUAAAGGGAUAGUUCACCCAAAAAAUAAAAUGAUGUCAUCAUUUACUCAACCUCAAACCUGUAUACAUGUCUUUGUUCCGUUGAAAACAAACAUAAAAAAACAGUUCUGGGGCACCAUUGACUACCAUAGUAGUUUAAUUUGCUACUAUGGUUGUCAAAUAGUGACCAAGAACUGUUUGGUUACAAACAUUCUUCCAAAAUAUGUUUCUUUGUGUUCUGCACAACAAUAAAAUAUAUACAGGUUUGAAACAACUCGAGUAAAUAAUAACAGAAUUUUCAUCUUUUGGUUAACUUUUCAAAGAUACUUUUA